AUGGCACCAGCACCAGCACCGCAAUCCGAGGGUCUCUCCAUCUUCAACGCAAGCCCUAAGACGCUUGGGGGGCCGGUGCUUCUGCACGACCUGGUAUCACUGUCCGACAUUGAUGGCACACCUGCUAUCGACUUCCUGUCUGCUCAGGGAGAGAGGGUCAAGAUCCCCUAUUCCCAGCUGCAUGCUGCAUCCGCUGCACUGGCUUCUCAUAUAUCAAACGUCUUGGGCUUCACGUCAUCGUCAGGUACUCCAAAGCCGUUGGUAGUUCCCAUCCUGGCGCCUCAGUCACCUGAACUCUACGUUGCUCUUUUUGCCAUCUUGAAAGCUGGUGGCGCAUUCUGUCCAUUGAACCUGGAUGCCCCGCCUGAACGCAUCAAGUUCAUUCUCAAAGAUGUCGGCGCAAGCGUCGUUCUCGCGAGUGGCCGCCUGGUCUCCAAGGUUCCCACCGUUGAUGAAAGUGUCAGGGUCAUAUCUAUUGACAACGUCCUUAGCCCUCUAGCCUUCAACACCCGCCCGUCCCUGCCCGCCAGGGAAGCAACACAGGAUGACCUGGCCUAUGUCAUGUACACGUCUGGCUCUACAGGUACACCCAAAGGAGUCGGCAUUUCUCAUUUCUCUGCGACGCAGGCUUUGCUUGCCCAUGACCGCCAUAUCCCACUAUUCAAGCGCUUUCUUCAAUUCGCGGCCCCCACAUUCGAUGUUUCUGUCUUCGAGAUCUUCUUUCCGCUUUUCAGGGGAGAAACAUUGGUUUGCUGCAAUCGUGCUGAGAUGUUGACUGAUCUUCCUGCCAUCUUGCGCAAGAUGGAUGUUGAUGCUUGUGAACUAACGCCAUCCGUUGCCGGCAGCCUGCUGAAGACGAGAAGCAACGCCCCUGGCUUGCGGCUACUGCUCACCAUAGGGGAGAUGCUCACCGAGCCAGUGAUUCAAGAAUUCGGUGGCGACGAGCACCAGGAGAGCUUACUCUGGGCCCUGUACGGGCCUACCGAAGCUACAAUUCACUGCACGUUGCAGUCGGCCUUCUCGAAGACAUCCGGGCGGAACUCGAUUGGCACCUCUUUGGAUACCGUGUCGGCAUUCAUCAUUGAUCUCCCAGGCGACCGUAGCGCUUCAUCCCAGUUAGACGUCCUCCCAUUCGGCCAUGUUGGGGAGCUUGCUGUUGGAGGCAGUCAGCUUGCCACGGGCUAUAUCAAUCGACCCGAGCAGACCUCUGCCUCCUUCAUUGACACGCAGUGGGGUCGAAUAUACAAGACAGGGGACAAGGCCAGCAUGCAGCCAAAUGGAACCAUCCAGUGUUUUGGAAGGAUUGAUGAUGCGCAGGUCAAGCUGAAUGGACAACGACUUGAACUAGGAGAGGUCGAGCAUGCUUUGUUAAGAGUACCAGGGUGUCAUGGUGCAUUUGCAACAGUGGUCUCGAAUGCAUUGGUAGCUUUUGCCGCAGUUGACAGCAGACCAGACAUGCGGGAGCAGCUUUUCGCCGGAUGCAAAGCCUGGUUGCCAUCCUUCAUGAUUCCCUCGGAAGUCAUGACCAUGGAUGCUUUCCCACGGCUACCCUCGGGCAAGAUCGAUAGACGAAAGCUCGUUCAACCUUACGAGGCGUCCACGGGCGGUUCUCUAAAUGCUGACGUGGAAGGCUAUUUCGAGAAUGAACAAGAACGUCUUCUUUGCGAGCUUGCGAGCCAGCUCCUUGCUCAGUCAGUGACCCCUUCCACCCGUUUUUCGUCGGCAAGGCUUGACUCCUUAGCGGCUAUUGAGUACGCGUCUGCGCUGAGGGGCAUGGGGAUUGAUGUUGACCCUAUUGAUAUCCUGAGUGCGCGGACGCCCCGGGAUCUCUGGCGUUCAACACAAACCACAACCACCUCAGCAAGCCGCAAUCGUCUACCCACAAGUAGCAAUUCGACAGAACAGCGCCCUCCAAAUCAAAUCAUACAUCUAUCGAAUGUGGACGCGUCACCCGAGCCAAAUGUCAAUCAGAUCGAACGUGUCGAGCCGUGCACAGCGCUCCAAGAAUCGAUGAUUGCGGAAACCCUCAAAGACCCCAGACUCUAUAUCAACCAAACCGAACUUCGAGUCCCAGGAACGGUCGCCUUGGACUCCAUCCGGUCCUGGCUGGUGGAUCUAGCGCAGCGUAACGAAAUCCUUCGGACGGGCUUCGCGUACUCUGAAGACAAACUGUGCCAGAUUAUCUGGAAAACAUUCGAUAACAGUCAGCUCGUGGAAACCGAAGACUCUGACUUCUGGAAACCUACCAACACCGAACUUUUCCUUCGUCGCCCCCUACGGAUCAAUAUCAAACUCUUUUCCGUCCCCUCGCGAUCUCAUGUGGUCUUACUGACCCUCCAUCAUUCCAUCUACGAUGGCUGGACCAUAGACUUAUUGACUGAAGAUCUUUCGCGCUUGGCAGGUGGGCAGCAACCAAUCGAGCGGCCGCAGUUUCAGGACGUCUCUGCCUACCUAGUGGGGACGUCAGGUACAGAACCGAUAGAUUCUAGGGAGUUCUGGGCUGAACAUCUCCGCGACAGUAGCCCUGGGCCGGUACCCAACUUCAAGACUGUCAGGGUGAUGGAGCCCCUGAUAAGAUCAAUUUCCGAGAUAAUCCCCCUUGAGCCCGCUGCGGCCAAGGACGCUGUUCUACAAUCAUCUGUGGGCCCUCAAGUUAUCUUCCAGGCUUGUCUGGGCUGGCUAUGGGGGGCACUCAAUGGUACUGAAGAUGUCAUCAUGGGCUCUGUUUCUUCGGGCCGAGCUCUACCUAUCGCUGGGAUCGAGAAGAUCAUGGGACCAUGCGUGGCCACGCUACCUCUCAGAGUCAACCUCGGGCGAUUCCGGACCAUCAGGGAGUUCCUGCAGAGCAUACAGGCAACCAACCGAGACACUCUUCGGUAUGGAAGACUUCCGCUGGUCGACAUAAAGCGAGCUGCAGGCUUGGCGACCACGUCGAAGCUGUUCGACGUCAUUUUCGCAUACCAAGAAACACUCGCCAGUCGCAGACAGAGCUCGAACAUCGUGCGAGAGACUGGGCACAAGGAUGCUGUAGAGGCCAAGUUGCUUGUCGAAGUACAACCUCUGGAGAAAUCCUUCCUCUGCCAAAUGACGUGGCAUACGGAUGUCUUCUCGGAGACCCAGAUCGGUAUUUUCGUUAGACACCUAACUCAUUUGGUGGACUACUUCAUGCGUCAUGACGAUGCCACAAUUGCUAGUAUACCGCAUUCCUUUCCCAUCGAAAAUCUCUCCCGCUACAAUCAUGCUCCCAAGCGCAUCAAGACUCUCUCGAGCUUGUCUGGACUCGUGGAGAAAACAGCGUCACAAUACCCAGCCAAGAAUGCGCUUCAGUUCAACUCAUCAUUCCGCGCGUCUGAGGUCGGAUCGGAGACAUUGACGUAUUAUGAUCUCAACUCAAAGGCGAAUCAAAUGGCACGCUACCUUCAACAGAAUGGCGCCUCACCCAGAGGCAUAGUUGCCAUUGUUUUGGACAAAUCCCCGUUGCUGUACUGCAGUAUCCUGGCCAUACUGAAGACCGGUUGCGCCUACCUACCGAUUCUUCCCACCACUCCAAUGCAGAGGGUACUGCUGAUUCUUGAACAGGCUCAACCGCAAAUCUGCUUAGUUGAUGCAAUGACCUGCCCCUUUUUAGCGGCAGAGAAAACCCCCUGCAGCAUCAUCGACAUUAACUCUCUAAGGCUACACACUUUUCCCGAUGCCAACCUUGACAUAUCCGGGAAUUUGUGCGAUCUCGCCUACAUCAUAUAUACCAGUGGUACAACUGGCGUGCCCAAGGGUGUUUCCGUCAUGCACGGGAAUAUGUUGAGUAACAUCGAGGUCCUGUCCCGCAUCUACCCUCACGAUCCAUCUGACAGAAUGCUUCAAGCCUGCUCUCAAGCGUUCGACGUGUCUGUUUUCGAGAUCUUCUUUGCAUGGGCAAACGGCAUGUGCUUAUGCUCAGUCCCGAAUGACGCGCUCUUCGAAGAUCUCGCAGGGGCGGUCCGGGCCCUCGGUGUUACCCAUCUGAGCAUGACUGUCACGGUGGCUUCCCUACUAAAUCCAAGCCAUGUGCCCAACGUCAAAUUCUUGGUCACUUCUGGCGAGCCCAUGACGGACGAGGUUCUCGAAACGUGGUCUACUUACCUUUACCAAGGAUACGGUCCCUCGGAAACGACUAACAUCUGCACUGUCAGAAAGGUUGAAACAGGUGACUCGUCACAAUUCUUAGGGUGGUCUUUCGACAAUACUUCAACGUUUGUCUUCGAUCCCCAGUCAACAGACCUCGUUCCCAUAGGCUGCGUAGGCGAACUUUGCUUCGGUGGCGACCAGGUCGCAUCCGGGUAUUUGAAGCUGCCCGAGACAACAUCCGCCAAAUUCAUCGACCAUCCGCAGUACGGACGCAUGUACCGAUCUGGAGACAUAGGCCGCAUGCUGCCAGACGGUUCUCUUGUGAUCCUCGGGAGACUAGACACCCAGGUGAAGCUCCGGGGUUCAAGAAUCGAGUUGCAGGAGAUCCAGGCAACUGCCCUGAGAAACGGUAAUGUCAAAACGUGCACAAGCGUGCUCGUUACUCUCAGGGGCACGGGUACACAGCAACUCGCACUGUUCUGCGUCCCUGCCGAUCAUGAGCCCACAAAAUUUGGUCUACUGCCUCACACUGAUUCUCUCAAGCAAAUGGUGGUCGCUUUACGACGAGAACUUCAGGGAGCCCUACCAGGUUACAGCGUGCCAUCUUUCAUUGUUCCUAUAUCCGCGUUGCCAUUGACGUCGUCUGGGAAGGUCGACGAUGAAACCCUACGUCGUUCUGUCGAUGAACUCACUGGUGACGCGCUCAGUUUUUGCAGCUCCGCCCAAGACGAAACGGAGGACAUGUCAGAGUGGAAUGCGAUAGAGACUCUAAUCGCGGAAAUUCUCUCAGAUACCCUGAAAGUGGACAAGAACGCAAUCAGCCGCUGGUGCUCUUUCGCAGCACUUGGUCUAGACUCCAUCACUGCCAUGCCCAUAGCCCGCAAGCUCCAAUCGGCGCUCCAAAAACGAAUUCCCUUGUCUCUGGUUCUCCAGAACACUAGCAUUGGGCGACUUGCCUUGGCAAUCAGUGAGGUUGAGGUCCCCGUGGACACACGGCCGGGCGGUCCUUUACUCCCAAUGAAGCUUAUAGAAACUGUGCGCAAGCGUUUCACCGACGCGGGAACACCAUCGUUGUCGGCUGGACCUUCUUACUACAAUCAGAUGCUUUUCCGACUUCACGUACCAUCUGAAGUGAUGAUGAGGUAUUGGAAUAGCAUGUUCCAGCGACACGACAUCCUGCGAACCUGCUUCGUGACAACUGAUGACGUCCGGUAUCCCGCCGUGCAGGUAGUUCUGGGUUCUCACGUGCCUACAUGGCAGGUCCUUGAAGCAGACGCUGCGUCGCCUGGACGGCGGGUAACUGAGCACGUGAACUCGAUCCUGAAGGUGGUUGAUUCGGGUGAACCUCCAGCGUCGCUCGCAAUCGUCCAGUCGAAAGACUCCGGAGAGUACCUUUCCUUUGUCUGUCACCACGCCAUCUAUGAUGGCAUCUCGAUGAGGAUCAUGCUCUCGGAAGUCGAGGCACUACAUCGUCAAGAACAGCUGUCAGCACCCCUUCCCUUCGAGACAUUCCUGCGGGAGACAUUUCGUUCUCCUCCCGGGACGACUGAGUUCUGGACGAAGCAUCUCCUUGGCUACAGCCCGCGUCGCUUGAGGCAGAUGGAAUUCGAGGACGACUCGAAGUCGAGACUGAUAUCUGCGAGGGCAUCUACCUUCUCCUUGGUAUCUCUCGAGUUGCGACUCAAGAAGUUGGGUGUUUCGCUUCUGUCACUUUGCCAAGCUGCAUGGUCCAUCACGCUUUCGAUGCUGCAGAACAGCAGCGAUAUCUGCUUUGGCAACGUUUUAAGUGGCCGCUCCAUCACCAUGGACGGCAUCGAUACUCUCGUGGCGCCAUGCUUUAAUACCAUACCAGUUCGGUUGGAUCUGUCUGACUCUCGAUUCCUCAUCGAAGCCAUGAAAGCGUUCCAAAGUUUGAAUGCCGAGACGCUGCCAUUCCAAUUUACCAGUCUGCGACAUGUACACUCCCAACUCUCAGCAUCGUCACGCUUAUUCGACACGGUACUCAUUCUUCAGCCAGAACCAACUCCUUUGGACGAAAGUCUUUGGUCUCUGGAGCAGGAGGAUGGUGCCAUGGAUGUUCCGAUAGUUUGCGAGGUCGUUCCUUCGAAGGUCGACGAUGCUUUGAUGCUGCAUCUCCAUCGAGACCCGUCAUUGUUCUCCCACCAAACUCUAUUGACGAUUGCCGAGAUAUUCUGCUGUGCUGUUGAUACCAGCUUGAGGCACCCUUCAUCCUACCUACUUACCACAGCAAUGCUGCCCUCCCAACUGCAAGACCAACUUGGACAAUCAUUCUUCGAGUCAAUACAAGAAGAUAGGCUUUCCCAGGUGCAGCUUACCGCAGCGGGUGAGGACUGGAGCCCGAAGGAGACGUCGAUUCGAAAGGUGCUGUCGAAACUGUCCCAGGUUUUCGAGGAGAAGAUUGAGCGCCAUACACCGAUCUACCGCUAUGGGCUGGAUAGCAUCGCUGCCGUCCAGUUUGCUACACUUCUCCGACGAGAACAGAUAGCCGUGUCCGCCCUAGACAUUCUCGAGAACCCGACCUGCGCAGGGAUUGCGUCAUGCGCAACAAGGAAACCAGAUGCCCCUGAAUCCGUCUCUUAUGACUUCGACUGUUUCCAAAGCCAGGUCAGCAGCGACUUACAAAAGGCUGGAGGCCUGAGCAGCGAUCCCGAGGCAGUUUUACCGUGUACAGCCACACAAGAGGGCAUGGUCUCCCAGUUCCUGGCGUCCAAGGGAAGAUACUACUUCAAUUACACGAGUUGGUCUUUGGAUCCUGAGCUGGGCUUCCAGCAGGUUGUCGACUCGUGGAUUCGCCUUGCUGCCCGUCAUCAAAUACUCCGUACUGGUUUCGGGUCCGUUGACCACCAGGAGAGCUCCUUUGCUAUGGUGGUCUACCCUGAGACGGGCCUGCAUGUUCCGGUCUCUUUUCAUCAGUCUAACUCGUUCGAUGUCAAGCUGUGGCGCUCACAAUCAGCCGCAAGCGCAUUCCAGUCGCUUUCGCGGCCACCUUGGCGCGUAGCUGUUGUCAAAGAUGAGGGUAAGGCAGAGUCUGAUUUGUUGACGAUGCACCUCGCGAUUCAUCAUGCUCUAUACGAUGCAUUCUCGUUACGUGUCCUUUUAGAUGAACUGGCCAGUAUCAUCUCUGGUCGCAAGGUUGAGGCCCAAUCGUCCAUCCAGCCAGCUUUGUCGCACUAUUUCAGUUCAGUGCACUCCUCUGAGCAAGCAGCUGAAGCAUUCUGGAGAGGAAAAGCCGACCAGGUCGUGGUCAAUAAGUUCCCGACCAUGACGCCGCUUCACGUUGACAGUGCGAUUUUCAGCAGCAUUUCCAAGUCUUUUAGUGUGCCAUCUCGGGCUCUUCGGCUGGCUGCUGCUGACGCCGGGGUGACAGUACAAGCUGCGCUUCAAGGGGCUUGGGCUCGACUACUGUCUGCUUAUCUAGGCGAGUCAUGUGUCACCUUUGGGGUUGUGUUCGACGGACAAUUGCUCCAAAGUAUGGUUCAAUACAAUGAAGUUGUACGACGGUAUGAACACACGCCUCUGCCUCAGAUCCAAAGAUGGCUUGGGCGGCCCGAUGGCCAGCUCUUCGACACGAUCCUCAUCUAUCAAGUGUCGGAAAGGCCUACCGUUAGCCUGCCGUGGACGGUGCUCGAGGAGAUCGCAUCUGUAGACUAUGCACUCUCAUUAGAGGUAGAGGAGUCGCUAAUGGGUACGACCCAGCUCAAUCUCAGCUUCGACACCAACAAACUCCCGCAUGAACAAGCUAGUAUCCUUCUUGCUCAGUUUGAUGCCAUAUUGGGUGAUCUCAUUCGAUCUCCCAAAGGUCAUGCCAUCGACCUUACGAAACGUUCGCCCUCCCUGUUCUCCAUUCUCCCAGCGGAGUGUCAGCAGCUUCCGUCCAGUGCGCAACUGGCGCAUCAACUCGUCGAGCACAGCGCGCAACGCAUGCCACACGCUGUAGCGCUCGAGUUCGCCGAUGGUAUCAACGACGCCGUCCAGUCUCGGCAGUGGACUUACCGAGAACUAAACGACAUGGGGAACCGGGUCGCCCAUCUAAUCCUCCGUCAGAAUAUCCCGCCGAAUAGCAUAGUUGCUACCUGUUUCAACAAGUGCCCCGAAGCUUAUUUUACCAUCUUGGGAAUCCUCAAGGCAGGAUGCGCAUUUCUAUCGCUUGAUCCAUCGGCACCUAUGACCCGGCACGAGUUCAUUCUGGCCGAUUCGGACGCGACGUUGCUGAUGGUUGAGAACAGGUUGGCCAACCAGAGUUAUCUCAACGUCACCCCGAUGCUUGUGGUCAGCGAAAAGUUACUUGAUGAUGUUACUCUCGAUCACGAGGGUGUUACACGCAAGGUAUCGCCGUCCGAUACGUGUUACUGCCUUUACACGAGUGGUACUACUGGUGCUCCGAAAGGUUGUCUGAUCAGUCACGAUAACGUUAUCCAGGCAAUGGCCGCCUUCGAACACCUCUUUGCUGGGCAUUGGGACUCCAGAUCCAGAUGGCUCCAAUUUGCCUCGUUUCACUUUGACGUGUCCGUCUUGGAGCAGUAUUGGUCCUGGUACGUCGGCAUUACAGUUGUCGCAGCUCCAAAGGACCUCGUCCUUAGUGACUUGGCCUCGACGAUAUCCAGACUUGCAAUCACACACAUAGACCUCACACCCAGCCUGGCAAGACUUGUUCAGCCUGACGAAGUGCCAAGUCUCUGCAACGGCGUCUUCAUCACAGGAGGGGAGCAGCUGCGACAAGAGAUACUGGAUGUUUGGGGACCUCAGCGAGUCAUUUACAAUGCAUACGGUCCAACAGAAGCCACUAUCGGCGUCACCAUGCGUCAAAGAGUGCCACAAAACGGGAGGUCUUCGAAUAUUGGAAGUCAGUUCCCUAAUGUUGGUACCUACGUCUUCGAGCCGGGUACCCAGGUUCCAGUCCUCAGAGGUGGUGUCGGGGAGCUAUGUGUAUCUGGACGACUGGUUGGUAGUGGAUAUCUGAAACGCCAAAAGCUCACCGAUGAGCGGUUUCCCACACUAGAGGCAUACGGCGAAAGGGUCUACCGUACUGGUGACCUGGUUCGUGUACUCCAUGAUGGAUCUUUUGAUUUCUUGGGUCGAGCCGAUGAUCAGGUCAAGCUUCGCGGUCAGAGGUUGGAAACUGGCGAGAUCAAUCACGUCAUCAAGGAUGAUCUAGCCCAUGAGAUAUCUGACGUGGUCACUGUGGUCACAAGGCGCGCUAAGCAGGACAGAGACCUUCUUGUGUCCUUUAUAUCCCCUUCCGUGAGUACAGGGUCCACUGAAGACCUGAUAGUCUUUCGUGACAAGAGCCAUGUCGACCUAUCUCGACGGGCAUUGGAUGCGUGCAGAGGGCGUCUUCCGGGGUACAUGGUUCCUACGUACGUCCUUUGCGUGCCGUUCCUUCCUCUGUCGCCAAACAACAAGGCAGACACCAAUCGACUGAAACAGCUAUUCGCAGACCUGUCCCAGGACCAGUUACGCGAUAUUGCAGUGCUCUCUGCGGAAAUCCAUCGAGCACUCAACGAGACGGAACUGGUGGUCUCAAGGGCGCUGUGCGAUGUUGUACCAGCCGAAGUGAAUGAUAUCUCGCCCUCGUCCACGAUAUACCAGCUGGGCAUCGACUCAAUCACUGUGACGAGGUUGGCCAGACAGCUUCGCGUCUUAGGAUUCCCUUCAGCAAGCCCUUCCCUUAUCUUGCGACAUCCCCAGAUCAGUCAACUUGCCCGAGUUCUGACAGCAAACACGGCAGAUCCUACCAACCACGCGCUCCAGAUCAAGCAGUCAAUUCGUGCGCUCUGCCACAAACACAUCGCCAUUGCCUGUAGAGAUUUGGAGGUGGACAAGACCGAGAUAGAAUACAUCGCACCAUGUACUCCUUUGCAGGAGGGUAUGGUCGUCAGAUCAAGAGUCAAGGGAACGAAGUCGGCCUACUUCAACCUAUUCGUGAUUGAUUUGGACCCUCAAGUGUCUGUUGACCACCUGAAGACGUCCUUCGAGAGACUCGCGGCGUCGUUUCCCGUCCUAAGAACGGCUUUUCUCGAAACCACUGAUGGUUGCAUCCAAGUUGCUCUCAGAAGCCAGACACUGCCGUGGUCAAAUAUCGAGAACUGCAGUGCGUCAUUGGAAAAGACCAUCGCAGACCGCCGCCAGUCUUGGAUACAGAAGAAUCAGCCUAUUCUACGAUAUCCGAUCGAAGUUGACUGCAUCGAAUUGGGUGGUAAACACGUGUUGGUGCUGCGACUCUUCCACGCUGUCUACGACGCUCACAGCUUCGAGAUGAUCCUUCGCAAUGUGAGCGCAGAAUACCACGGGGUCUCGUACACAUAUGGCCCGGCAUUUGUGGACGUGCUGCCCGAAGGUCCGCUCCUCAAUCAUAACUAUUCCCGUCCAUUCUGGGAGUCGCUGUUCAAAGAUCAUUCCUUUCAGCCGAUGCCAAACCUGGCCUUUGAGGCUGACGCUGGAGAUGUUUUCACAUCUCGUAUGUUCCAAGUCAAUGGCCUCGAAGCUCGACGCAAGGCGCUGGGGGUAACGCACCAGACCAUGCUUCAAGCUGCUUGGCUGGCAACCCUACGGCAGUACUUUAAUCAUCCUCCAACCCUCGGCAUAGUCUUUUCUGGAAGAUCUCUAAUGGUUGAUGGUAUCGACAGCGUGGUCGGACCCAUGUUCAAUACUCUGCCUUUUAGAGUUGACUGUCCGCAUGGCACCACUUGGGAUACAAUGAUUCAGAGAGUCCACGAAUACAACACUACCGUCCUUGCAUUCGUGCAUACGCCGCUGCGAGACAUUCAGAAAUGGUGUUCGAAAGGGCAACCGCUGUUCGAUAGUAUAUUUACCUUCGAUCGAGAGGAUACCUUUGGAGCUGAGGCGCGUAGUCCUUGGUGGUGUUCUAUUGAUUCCUCCGGGCAGCUGGACUAUCCAUUGUCAGUUGAGGUUGUCCUCACCUGUGAACAGACCCUGAGGGUCACAAUUGCAGCUCAAAGCGAGUUCGCCGACUCGACUGCAGCUGCCUUUCUACUCGACGAAUUUGGGCAGUCAUUGGAAAUGCUGGCUGCUUCAAGUGAUACCACGCACGUACCGAUGUCGCGCAGAUCACAUCAUGAUGGAACGAUCGCUUACCUGUCUUCCGGAACGUCAGACUCACGCUCUUCCACUCCCACCACGCCGAGCACAGCUACUACUGCGUUCGUCUGGGAAGGGCAGGCUCAAAAGAUUCGGCACCAGUUUGCCUCACUUGCUGGAGUAGACGACGAGGACAUUACUGAGACUACCAAUGUCUUCGAGCUGGGCCUAGACAGCAUCGACAUGAUCAAGCUUUCAGCUAGACUGAACAGGCUGGGUUUCAAAGUGUCGGCGAGCACCCUCUUGACGCAUUCGACGAUAGAGAGUAUUCUACUCUUAUUCAACGAGACUACUGCUGAUGACGUGUCACUGGGCGACUCGGCAGGCUUGAACAGCACCAUAUCGCUGAUGUCGGCUUCUCUUGCCCGAACAGUUCUGGACUUUAAAGACGUCGAGGCCGUGCUACCGCCAACACCGUUACAGGACGCCAUGGUUGCGGACAUGCUGCUUUCUAAUUUCCAAAGAUAUUUCAAUCAUGAUGUACUGGAAGUUCUGCCAGGAACAGAUAUUGACAGGUUAAAAUCGGCCUGGGCGACAGUAUAUGCCAGGUCACCGAUUUUGCGAACGACGUUUGCGGAGAUCGAUGACCCCAGAGUUCCUACCGCGUAUUGCCAGAUCGUCAAGAAGGCUCGCCUCGGUUUCGAACCAAGCACGAAGAUAUCUAGCCUGGAUGACAUUGUUGCAAUCACCGACCGAGCCCGAGAUCGGGCGGCAAGGGCGAAAGGCACUUCCGAUUUGUUACAGAUACAUGUCGCGAUUAUGCCAACCAAGACAUUCCUUGUCCUCUCGGUCGCCCACGCCUUGUAUGAUGGAUGGUCUCUGGAUAUGCUUCAUACGGACGUGCAGGCUGCGUAUGAGGGUGAUUACAGAGCACGGGGACAGUACAGGCAAUACCUCUCACGGCUGCAUUCCAUGUCCGGCUCCGCAGCCACUCGUUUCUGGGCUGACAUUCUUCACAAUGCCCACCCAACGCUGCUUGGGAAAGCUCGUGAAACUCCAAAUGGGAGUCAAAGGACCAUACACCGACUCUCAGCUGUAUCAGAGUUGGGGGUGCUGGAUAUCAAGGCACUCUGCAAGAGGUAUCGUGUCACGCCACAGGUCCUUGGUCAAGGGUGCUGGGCUGCAGUGCUGGCUACAUUGUCGAAAUCUCUGGAUCUCGUAUUCGGCGUUGUGCUGUCUGGACGAGACACCGAUGAGUCACAAGACCUACUGUUUCCAACCAUGAACACUGUGCCUUUAAGAGUUGUGCUUCACGGGACUGCCACCGAGUAUCUGCAUUACGUGCAAACUACAAUGUCGAGUGUCAUGGAGUAUCAGCAAAUCCCGCUGCGGGAGACCCAAAGGUUAGCCCGCGUGGAAGGUGAGCCGCUCUUCAAUACGCUUUUUCUCCUUCAGAAUGCCAAAGCCCGUUCGAGUGACGAUAGACAACCUCUUGUCAGAUCGGUCCAUUCGUUGUCAGCAGUCGAAUAUCCGAUCUGCGUCGAGAUGGAACUCACAGGAACAUCCGUCGCGUGGCAUGUGGCUUGUGAUGACGAGUAUGUAUCGUCGCACGACGCCGAGCGAAUAUUGGUCAAGCUUGAAGCCGCGUUGCAUUUCUUCGCCGCAAGCUACGCAGAUCAGGUCCUCGAGUUCGACGAACAGGGGGGUAGUGUAUCUGUGUGCCGUCUGGAAGCCGUGCAAUUGAUCAACAGCCCACUGGAAGUGAAGAAGCCAGCCAAAAAGAGCCCUUCUCAAGGGAUGACUGCCCCAUUCGCCACAUUGGGUACUGUCAUAGACGUUCUCUCUGAGAUAUCCGGGUUCAGUCGAGACGCUAUCAGCCUCGACCAUUCUAUUUACCAUCUGGGGCUUGACUCGAUCAGUGCUAUCAAGGCUAGCUCCAUGUUACGCAAACGUGGUCUCGUGGUACCUGUCAGGGAGUUGCUGAAGGCAUCAUCAAUUCGUCAAGUUCUAGCCCUGCCAGAUGUCUCUGUUCAUGGGACGACCACCUCGCCUUCAGAUAUUCCGACAGACCUCAGCUUGCCUCUCGACGGCGUUGGUAUCCCCUCCUUGAUCGACAGGACUUGUCUGGAUUCUGAUUCUGUUGAGCGAGUACUACCGGCUUUGCCUAUGCAGGUACACAUGUUGACCACCUGGCAAAAUACUCAUGGUCUGGUAUUCUUCCCCAAGUUCACUUAUAAGCUUUCUGGACAGGUAAGCCACGAGACGGUUUCGAAUGCUUGGGCGGCUAUCGUCGACGAAGUCCCCAUUCUACGUACCUACUUUGUCGCGUCUCCCUCCCUCCAGUCUCCCUUCGUCCAGGUCGUUGCGAAAGCCAAAUCGCUGAGGAACCGCGCGAUAAACCCAUUCAUAGCAGUCGGGGAAGAACAAUGGGAGUUUGUAUACUCGGCGACACCUUUCGCUCUUAUACGGGUCACGAAACAGCAACUGGGGAAGGCGGAGUUGCACCUCCACCUUCAUCACGCAUUAUAUGAUGGAGUCAGCCUGCCAGUCAUCCUCAACCGAUUGAGGGAUCUCUGUGGCAGGUCUUCUCCAAUUUCAGUUCAACCCGAUGACCACAACGCAUGGUGCAGCUUCGUUUCGAAGCACGUGAGUUCAGAUCUCAGAGCUUCCCGGGAGCAGUUCUGGACCUCCUACCUUCAAGGUGCGGUGCGGACGAUGCUGCUUGACCAACCGCAGCCAGCCCAAGUCCAAGAUAGUCGACGAGUCUUCGAGUUCAGACGCGAUGUCGUCAGUAACGUCGCUACGCUAAAACAUACGAGCGCUGCCAUGGGCUUCACGCUCCAGGCACUGUUCUUUGCCGCAUACUCCAAAGUGCUCGCCAAGUUUCGUCGCCACGCCCAGCAUCUGGACAGCGACAAUGUCGUCUUCGGCGUGUAUGUCGCCAAUCGGACCAGUCAUCCUGGUCUCGAAGAAUCACCACUUCCAACACUGAACAUUAUUCCUCUAAAGGUCGACAAUCCAGCUAGUCGGAGCAUUGACGCUAUAGCCAUGGAUAUUCAGAAAGAUCUGCUCGACAUAGGCAGUCCUGAAAACUCCACGGCCGGCUUAUGGGAGAUUCACGAGUGGACCGGGAUACGAGUCGAUACUUUUGUCAAUCUCCUGUCUCUCCCGAAGACGGUCGACGAUGGCCAAGGAGCGGUGACGAUCAGCGAGGCUAACGACAGUGUCUCUCGGUCUUCUGGACCCGUUGAUAUCACAUCGUACCUAGCGGGCCCAGAGAUGGAAGCGCUUUCGCCUAACCGUGUGAUGGACUCGUAUGUGGAUGCGAUCGACAUCGAAGUGGCAGUUCAAGCGAAUGCCUUGGACAUUGGCGUUUUCUGUCACCAUCACUCCUUCACCUCGGAAAACGCUGCGGAAAUGAUUGAGGACAUCGCAUCCACGCUAGAAUCACUUUGA